AUGUUCGAGGCUGCGGUGCCACAGUGCAUGGUUCUGAAUCCGGCGCCGCCCCAGAAGGAACAGCCAUUUUCAACAGCAGUGGAAGAGCGGCUUCGACUUCGAAAUAUACUUUGCCAGCUCUUCCCGGAAUGGGCAGUGCUGUCCGUAAUGUCAGCAUAUCCGGAUGAGAAUGAUGCGCAGAAGCUGUGCCCGCUGAUUAUAAGAGAACUUCAGCAGCAGCAGCAAAGCUUCCAGAAUUCUUGA